AUUGCACACAAUUCACUCGUUGCGAGCAGACAAACAGCGGAAGUCAUAUUCCGAAAAUAUUGACGAUUAGUCUACAAAACUAUUUAUAAACAUUUUAGUGUAUAAAUAUAAACAAAUAAUUGUGAAAUCUAAAGAAAUUUACUCCGCAGUAGCAAAACAAAAAGUACAAAAAUGCUGACACGCCGUUUAAUCGUUAACGUACAAGCGUUGAAACAACAUUGUCGCAAAAUGUCACAAGUCGGUGAACUGGGUAGCGGUGCAGGCAAAGGUGGUGGUGGCGGUGGCUCCAUACGCGAGGCAGGCGGCUCCUUUGGAAAAAUGGAAGCAGCGCGUGAGGAGGAAUUCUUCUAUAAACAGCAAAAGGAGCAAUUGAAGAAUCUGAAAACCAAGAGCGGCGAAACAGGAAAGAAUGCAAAUGCAACCGCACAACCGGCAAAGCAGUGAAGUGAAGCAAACAGAAUGAAAAUAAAUGAAUAUUCGUACGUGUUGUUUUUGGAGAGUUGCCAAUCAAUGCAUUGCCCCCAAUAAUUUGCUGCGCUGCGGAAUAUCUCAUCAGUGGGAUAGUUAAAACAAAUUUAUUUUGCGCGACUAGAUCCAUAAAAUUAUACCAAUUGUAGUUAUUUGAAAGACUAUUUUACAAUAUAAAAAAAGUAAAAUUAAUCAA